ACGUUUCAGGGGCGACCCCACAGGAUUCCCUCCCAUGCCCAACGCCAACUCCAUUCUUUCCUUUUUCUUCCUUGUAAUCUGCAAAAAGAGUGCAGAAAAAAACCUUCCCUUAAGCAAACCUCCCAUACCCAUUUUCAUUUCCCGAGAUACAAACAAAAAUCUCUUAUUUUACACUGUUUUUUGCCCAUAAAGCUAUCAUCUUUGCUCCAUUUUUGCACCGUGUACAUACACCCUGGUGCAGGAGUAUAGCGAUUAGGAUGGUGUACUACCAGAGAAACCAUCAAUCUGUGAAGAAAGGGGUUGAUGUUGAUCAUGAAGACGAGGAAUCUCAUCACCCCCUGGGUUUGGUGUGUGGGAAUAAUGGCUAUAACAGCAAGAGAGCAAAGCCCAAGCUUCUGUCUCUCCUCUUUCUGUCUCUUAUUUCUUGCUGCUUUAUUCUUGCACCCCAGCUCCUCAACUCUUUUGGCUUUGAAGGUGAUGGGCUUGCUCAUGAAACCGAUUCAAAGGCUUCCAUGUGCUCUUCUAUCUCUAAUGGGACCAUAUGUUGUGAUAGAAGUAGCUUUAGAUCAGAUGUUUGUGUUAUGAAAGGGGAUAUAAGAACAGAUUCUGGUUCAUCAUCAAUUAUCCUUUACAAGAACAAUGAUUAUUUUCUGGGGAGUACUCGUGAAAAGAUCAGACCGUAUACAAGAAAGUGGGAAACGAGUGUCAUGGGCACGAUUGAUGAGUUAGGCCUUGUUGUGAAGGGGCAGAAAUCGGGGGUUCAUCACAGGUGUGAUGUCCAGCACGGUGUCCCUGCUGUGUUCUUCUCGACGGGAGGGUACACUGGUAAUCUUUACCACGAAUUCAACGAUGGAAUUCUGCCUCUCUACAUCACUUCCCAGCGUUUCGAGAAGAGGGUAGUUUUCGUUAUCCUUGAAUAUCAUAACUGGUGGAUUACCAAGUAUGGCAACGUUCUCUCGCAGCUCUCUGAUUACCCAGCCAUAGAUUUUCGAGACAAUAGAACCCAUUGCUUCCCUGAAGUCCAUGUCGGUUUGAGGAUUCAUGAUGAGCUAAGUAUUGAUUCUUCGUUGAUGAAAGGGAAUAAGGGCAUCGGGGAUUUUAGGGAGCUUCUGGACCGAGCUUAUUGGCCUAGGAUACAAGGUCUAAUUCAGGAUGAAGAACGUGAAGCUAAUACCUCAAUAGAGAUGCCAAUAUUGCAUAAGCAAAACUCGAUGGCACCUAAACUGGUCAUAAUAACUAGGAAUGAUUCAAGAGCGAUAAUAAACGAGGACUCGUUGAUCAAAAUGGCUGAAGAAAUUGGGUUCCAAGUUGAGAUUUUGAGGCCUGCUAGGACCACCGAGCUUGCAAAAGCCUAUCGGGUUCUCAAUUCGAGUGACGUUUUGGUUGGAGUUCACGGGGCUGCCAUGACUCAUUUCCUGUUCUUGAAGCCCGGGGCAAUCUUCAUUCAAAUCAUCCCCCUUGGAACAGACUGGGCAGCCGAGACUUACUAUGGGGAACCCGCAAAGAAACUGGGACUAAGGUACAUUGGCUACAAAAUCCUUGCUAAAGAAAGCUCUUUAUACGACGAAUAUGAUGAAGAUGACCCUGUACUGAAGGACCCUAACAGCGUGAACGAGAAGGGCUGGGAGUUCACGAAAAAGAUAUACCUCGAUCACCAGAAUAUAAGAUUGCACCUUGGAAGAUUUCGAAAGAGACUUCUCCGAGCCUAUUAUCAUUCCACUAUCAAAAAGAAUGAACAACUUGGUCUUCAAAGUCAGUAAAUUCUUGAUCUUACUUGUGUUUAAUUGAUUAUCACCUAUCCAUCUCAUUUUUAGGCCACUGUAAAUUAGAUCCAGCAGGAAAGAGUAAAAAAAAAUUAAAAUCUUGUUGUAGCAAAGAUCAAAGAUCAAAGAUCAGUAGCUAUGGGCUAUUUUUUUUUAUCCUUUGUUUCUUCUCUCUUUGUGCAUGUACAUCAAGUAGGAAUGCAAUGGAGUUUUUCUCUUUUGGGAAUUUCCUUUCUGAAGCUUUGAAUUAAAUGAUUCUUUGGGUAUUA